UCUCUGGGAAGAUAUCAUAUAACAAGUACACGGGUCACUAUAUAAUCGUAGUAAUCUAAAAAUACUAUUCGCCGUAUCAAUUUUUAUCAGACGUUACAAAUGAGCAUUUUGUUCACUAAAAACCGACAUACCUGUAGCUUUUCGCUGAGGUGAAGUUUGAAUCUUUUCUUUCGCCAUGUUGGAAAAGUAGACUGCUGAAAGACUGGGCACAACUUACACAGGAAUCCCACACGAAUUUUCUCAUCGCCCUUACACUUACACCAUACACCACGCACUUACGUACUUAUCAAUACAUUUUCAGGCCUAAACGAUUUAUAAAAUUAUAUGAAAAAUUUAGAUUAAAAAUAUUUUUCAGGUAUUUUUUUUUUCAUUCGCACGCGAUGUUUUGGGAUUCCUGUCUAAAAAUGGCCGCCUACCCAAAGGUGAAGUAUCUUAUCGUAAACGCAGAUGAUUUUGGCUACUGCAGCAAAAGAAAUCAAGGUAUCCUGCAGGCCUUCCAGAAGGGAGUAGUCACAAGCAUAUCUUUAAUGGUUAAUGCAGAGUCAAGUGUACAAGCUGCCGAGUUAGCCAAAGAACAUGGCCUUCCUGUCGGGUUGCAUUUGAACUUGUCCGAGGGACGCCCUCUUGUUUUGGGACACAAGACUCUUGUAGACAGCGAUGGGUUCAUGAAAGCAAAGGAGCAGCUUCAAAAACUUCUUUCUCAAGGAAUCAUCGACAAGAAAGAGAUUCAACAGGAAAUAAAAGCUCAACUGCAGUGGUUUCAGGAUCAUGUUGGCCGUAAUCCAACUCAUGUAGACGGCCAUCAGCACGUACAUGUUUUUCCUACAGUCUGUGAGAUUUUGGCAGCCACCAUGCAGCAGAUGGGGCUAAAGAAGACUAGAAACCCAGUAGAGUUGUCUCUUCAGAGCUGUCCAUGGAUUCCUCAGGCCCGACUGGAGUUUUUUAAUGGAGUUGUACACAAUGCUGCUGCAGCUCUGGAUGUAUAUAGCAAAGCUGGCAUAAGCUUCCCUCAAAGAUUUGUUGGCCUUACUACAAUGGGCAAGAAUAUGACAGAGGAGAGAUUGCAACAGGCUUUGAGCACUGCCUUUAAGUGUCAAACAACAUUUCCAGAUAAUGGCUGGUCCAAUACCUGUGAGCUAAUGGUUCAUCCUGGUUUUGCUAGCACUGCUGGGCGUGGUGGUUGUGGGGGAGGUCCAGAUGAAUUUGCACAAUCUUUGGACAGAGAACAUGAACUGCAUAUCCUAACUAGUGAAAGUUUUCGGAGUUUUCUGGACUCACAAAAUUUUCUACUUCAGUCAUAUCACGAUUUAUGACAGACUAUAGGAUCUGGGGUGAAAUUAAUUUAAUUAUUUAUUUUCAUUGUCAGAUUUCUGUACAUUAUUAACAUCAAAGACAAAACUAAUUAUCAACAGGCCCAUAGCCAGGGGUGGGGGUUUGGAAGAACCUCCCCACUCUACUGGAUAGUCCGCUGCAAGCUAGGACAAGCUACCUAAUAGAAAAUUGUCAGCUAAAUGGCUAAAUGACCCCCCCCCCCCCCAGCUCAAAAUCCUGGCCACGAGCCUCAUCGAAUGAUAUAUACUCAAAAAUAUUUGAAGAGAUAAAUAUUUAUUAACAAUAGCCUAAGAUACACAUAUCUACAUUAACUACAUUACAAUACUAAACUAUUACAAAUAAGGCAUUGGAAAGUGGGAAAUUAAAGCAUUUGUUUUGUUUAAAUAGGAUUGGUAAAAUGUUAUUGUUCAUUUGUUAAAAAAAAUAUACAAAACCUCGAAGGAAAAAAUAUUAAAUAAAAUGAAAUCGUCUCUUUGA